CCAAAAAAGGCAAUCUGCAUGAUUUGAACUUUUGAAAGCGGAGCCCUAUUUCUCUCAACGGUCGAAUUUACAAUUCAACUCCUGUCUUGAUCCGGAAAACAGCCUUUAAUUUUCUCUCUUCUUCUAACAUCCAAAUUUCUCUCCAAAUCUCACUCAAUUGAUAUCACUUCUGUCUCAAUGGAAAUCCAAAGCGGUUCGCUGACUACGCCCAGAUCACUCAAAACUUGCCCUCUAGAAAAACCCAUGGAUGCCAAUUUCAUCUCUAAGGUAAGAGUAAUUGCAAGGGUACGCCCCUUUCUUCCUCAAGAGAUCACAGCAAAAAAUAGCAACCCUAGUUCGUGUAUUUCAGUUAUCCAUCGAGAUUGCGAGUCAAGAGAUGAAGUGACUGUUCGUCUUAAAGAUCCUGAUACUAGCCGAAGUGAGUGCUACCAAUUGGAUUCCUUCUUUGGUCAAGAAGACAACAGCGUGAGCAGGAUUUUUGAGAAAGAAGUGAGUCCUUUGAUUCCAGGAAUAUUCCAGGGCUAUAAUGCUACAGUUUUUGCCUAUGGAGCUACUGGCAGUGGAAAGACCUUCACUAUGCAGGGUACUGAUAAACUGCCCGGGCUAAUGCCACAAGCCAUGUCUACCAUUCUGUCCACAUGCGAGAGUAGAGGAAGUAAAGUGGAGAUUUCAUAUUAUGAAGUGUAUCUGGACAGGUGUUAUGAUCUUUUAGAACUCAGGGAAAAAGAAAUCAUAAUUCUGGAUGAUAAAGAGGGGCAAACUCACCUCAGGGGAUUAUCAAGAGUCCCUGUCAAUUCAAUGGCUGAAUUUCAAGAGGUGUUUGCCCGUGUAACUCAGAGGAGGAAAAUUGCACAUACAGGUCUUAAUGAUGUGUCAAGUAGAAGCCAUGGGGUGCUUGUGAUAGGUGUCACUACUCCUUGCUGUGAUGGUGAUUCUGGGACACUUAUUACUGGGAAGCUUAACCUCAUAGACUUAGCAGGAAAUGAAGAUAAUAGGAGGACCUGUAAUGAAGGGAUGCGCCUUAUAGAGAGUGCAAAAAUAAAUCAGUCCUUGUUUGCACUGUCCAAUGUGAUUCAUGCACUGAACAACAACACUCGAGUACCCUAUCGAGAGAGCAAACUAACCCGUAUAUUGCAGGACUCUCUUGGAGGAACCAGUCGUGCUUUGAUGGUUGCCUGUUUGAAUCCAGGAGAGUAUCAAGAGUCUGUCCAUACCGUAAGAUUGGCUGCUAGAUCACGCCACAUCUCAAAUUUUAUUUCUUCAGCUAAAAAACAAGAGACUCCGAACGUUAAAGUUGAUAUGGAAGCAAAACUGAAGUCUUGGCUUGAAUCUAGAGGAAAGACAAAGAGUGCACAAAGAAUAGGAGCACAUACUUCUCCAUUUCCUAGUUCUAUCAAGAAACACAAUUAUCAAAGCUCCGCAAAAGCGAAGGUCAAUAGCAACCGGGGCAUUUCAAAUGCUAAAGAGAGGCCAACAUCUGUGCCUCUCAGAAAUCUUUUCAAUACGGAAGGCUUAAAGGAUUCUUUGUUGGAGAGUCUGCAGUUUGUUGCUGAGGACAAUAGAGAAGAGACCGUUGUUGAUUCUGCUGAAACUGUUUUGAAUUCAACUGCACAAAAUCCAGGUACACAGCACAACCACUCAAAUAAAGUCUUGUUGAUUCAUGAAAUCAAUGAAUCAAAUCAAAUGGAUUUUUAUUUCUUGUUUCAUUUUGUCAAGUUACUCGGAGUCUUAAACCAGAAACAAAAAUAUACCAAACAACUAUGGUAUCCGACUUUUAGUAUUAACACUGAAAGAGCUUUGAAACCUUUGCAGCUAGGUGAUCUGGAGAAGCUAGGCCUUUCAUCUAAGCAGGUUCACAACAUGUUCAGCAAAGCUGCAAGAGCAAUAUUUGAUAGACAAGAAAUGGCUACACCCUGUUUGUCAGAGACUUUACAAGUCGAAUAGUUAUAUGGAUAAUUCAUCCAUCAACAGUUUGAUUCCAGUAUCAAUCAGUUAGUCCUUGCAUUACUAUUGUUAUUGGUGAUACGUGUCCUUACCUAGGACAGCCUUAUUUUGCUUGUGCGUUUAAGGAAUUGGUUUUUAACUCGGAUGUGUAUGUAAUAUAUAUUUAUGUACAAUUGAAACCUUUGUAUUGUUCAAUAACAAUGAUCUAUAUAUAUACACUUCAUGUUUUUUAAUUU